AUGUGGUUUCUACAUGCGGCAAGAACAGAAAACCAAGUGAGUCUACAAGCACACUUGACCACUCUCUCGCUAACGGAUCAGGAAGAUUAUUAUGAAUGGGAAAUAGAUGGCACAGUCUCAGGAAAAUACAGCAUGGGAUUGGUCUAUCAAGAGCUUAGGCAGGAACAAGAGGUGGUACCUUGGGGAAAAAUAGUCUGGAAUCGAGGAGGUAUUCCAAAACAUAACUUUCUGGUUUGGCUUUUUGUCAUGAACCGCUGCCCCACAAGAGACAGAAUCUUAGGAUGGGGACUUCAAACGGAUCCACAUUGUCUUCUCUGCAAUUCGGGAAUGGAAACAAGGGAUCACUUGCUCUUCGAUUGUCCAGUGAGCUGGUUGAUUUGGUCUGAAAUUGCAAGGAGAUGCAAUCUACAAUCGGCACGAGGGUGGUCAGACUCUAAUAGUCAGAUGAAAGCUUUAGUAGCAGGGAAUGUGGGAAACAGACUGACCUUAAUUGCGUGGCAGGCCUCAAUAUAUUGGAUUUGGCAUGAGAGGAAUGAGAGGCUGUUCGUCGGCGGACUCCAUCACGGUGCUAAUCGAUCGCCAGAUUCGUAA